GGUUUGCAACUAAUCAACAGGUGUAAACAACAUGAAGAAUUUGUGAUAAAACCCCAAGAAAAUGCACCCAAAAUAUGUCUUUGUCGGCCCAGAAUAGAAAAGUUGUUUGGGAGGAGCACAAAGACAGUUUAAGGAGAAUCCAGUCACGUGUAAGUGAAGGACAUACACCUCCAAACAGAUACUCACCACAAAGAGGAACACCUCCAGCAAGGUACAACAGAUCUCCACAGGAAGGAGGAAGGAGAUCACAUUCACCGUAUGGCAAAUAUAGAAAACCUACCUCACCUGCCUAUCUAAACAGAAUCGAAACUCCUCAUGAGCGUGAUAAAGUAAGAAACAAGGGCAACUUAAGAGGAAGUAAAUAUGGAGUUGUCCCCCCUGUUCACAGACGUAGUCACCAAACACCAGAUUAUGACAGUUGGGGAGAGGAUACAGAUGAUGACUCUGGCGAUGAACAGCAGUAUGUCAUGCCUCAGCAAUACCCUUAUCCUGCCUAUGGAUACCCAGCAUAUCAGCCUCCCCAAGGACAUCAUGCACCCCCUCAAGUAGUGUGGGGAGCUCCAUUCCAAAUAUACUAUCCCCCACCACCUCAACAUGGGUACAAAAGUAAAAAGGCUCGUGACAAGAGGGCAAAGAGGGCCCAGGAAAAACAGCCAAAUGUCCACCACUCACAACCUCAUGGUGGGAGACAGUCAAAAUUUCAGAAAAGUCCCAGAGUGAAUCACUCACUCCCUGUUUACAAUGGCUACGCUCAGGAAAACCAUCAAAACAGACGGAGAGAUGAAGUGUUUGAUUCAGACAGAAAUGACGUUCUGAAGAAAUAUAAGUAUAUAGAAACACAACCGUCACCCUUCACACCAGAGAAUAUUGACGACAUGGUGGCCAAACGAUACAAAGAUGAACCAGAAUUGCUUUCCUUAUUUUACUACAAUGAUCACCCUCUCUUUGCCGAGGGUUUUGUUAAUUGGUUUGUUAACGACUGUUUGGAAGAGAUAAUUCCAGAUCUGCUAAUAGAGACACUUAAUGAUCUAAAUAAACUGCCGAGAAAUCAUCCAUAUUACGACAAAGCACAGAUCAUAUGUAAUCAGAUACUAGAAGAGGUCUUACCAGACGUGACAAAUGAAGCUGUUAGAUUAGCCAUGAGUGAAUUGGUUGGAGACUAUAUGGGGUUUUCCCAGCAGAGACCAACUGAAGAUAGAAUAAAUGAAUUAGUAGCCGGUGCUGCCCCAGUCGGACAGGAGGAUGUCUCGGACACAGUUAAUUCAGUAUUAGAGGAUUUAAUCCAGGAUCAUAUCGAAGAAAUUCAACAAGAAUUGAUAAAUGAUGUUAUAACAGAUGCUGUAAUAGAACAGAUUAUAGAGGAGGAUAUUAUUGUACAAGAGGUGGACGAGGAAGCUCCUGAGAUCGCCGAGGAAGUCCUUAGUCAGUAUGACUCUAAAAUAGAAAGGAGAGAAUUGAGAGAGGUAGCUAAGCAGGCAGGAGAUAAACUUCAGGAAUCUAUUCUAUUGGACUAUAUAUUGUCCAUGGUAGCUAGUCAGGGACGUGUAUGGUCACAAAGUGAUCAUGCUAAUAAAUAUUUAGAUGAUUUAUUGUUAGACUUGUUAAUAGAACAAUUUUACACUGUACAAGAUCACAGAGAAAAAACAACAUCUAACAACCCACUCAGGAAACUACAUGAAAAAGUCACUACUGAUGUAGCAGUAGAUCUGUUACUACAACAGUUAACUUCUUCACUGGAUGAAGACUUAGCUGAUGUUGAUGAGUAUGAGAGAGGAGUAGACAAUGUGAAAAAUACAAUAAAAACUCCUAUUAUACCCAGGACUAUACAGAAAUAUUGAGAUGAUGAUAAUAAAUAGUUAUAAAGUCAAGUCAAGGUGCUACGUUUUAGUACACAUAAGUCACAAAUCAUUUAAUGUUGCACAUUGUAAUCAACCAUAUAGAAGAUGUACUCAGACUUAAGAGUAGAUGGGUUCAUGACACCAAGAUAUUAUGCAUAGUGAAUCUCAGAUUUGUAAACUCCUGUUUGAUUUUGGCAGACCAUCAUUGGAAGGGAGACAGAUCAAAAAUAUAUUAUGAAAUAACCAGGAAAAAAGAUUUUACAUCAAUUAUUGUUAUUACAUGUACAAAAAAACUUUCUCAUUUGUAUGUGAUUUUUUUAGAACUAAAUUGAAAUCUUUGCUAUUGCUCAAAGAAACACCUUUCUUUUUUUAGACCUUUGUAUAUGUGUAAAAUUAACCUUUUUAAAAGAAAAAAAACUAUUUUGAAGGACCUUUUCAUCAUGCAAAAGGACUAGUCACUCAGGAAGGUUCUACUGUACCUUAUUUUUUUUUUAUUGCUACAUAUAUACUCACAAAGAUGUAGUAAAUUGUUAAGAUCUCUUGGUUUGUAAAAAUUGACUAUACUUAUAAAAUUGAAAUUUUAGUAGAAAAUUAUUAAGAGUUAUCUCCCCUAGACUGUUUGCCUCAGAAAUUAAUUUUUGUAUUGUAAAUUGUUCUUUGAAGAUUCACAUAAGUUUGAUAUUGUAAAAACAAUUUUAUAACUUGUCAUGACUUAAAUGUCAGAUAUUAGAAGUGGCUAAAAGUUUAGGUAAUAAGAAUAAUAUAACUUUUCUUGGUAAAUUUGAAGCCUGUAUGCAAAUAUUGCAGAAAAUUUAUUUUUUAAGAUCUGUGAAACAUACACUACUGUAGAAUUUUAAAAUCUGUUGAGAAUAAUCACUGAAUUUUACCAAUAAAUUUAAAAUACUUAAAUAGAUAUUAUGAUAUUGUAUAAAAUGUGAGCUUAUAAGAAAUGGUAACAUAGCCAAAAGAGAUUUAAAACUCAAUCUGAAGGUUAUUUAUGUGAAGUGCCCUUUAAAAACAACAUGAAUAUGACAAGCUCUUUGCAUAUGAAAACUUAUUAUCUAAUUUUACUUCUAUGAGGUGUAAUUAUAUUACAUAAGUUUUUUGCAGAAUAUAAUGAGAAUUAAUUACUAAGUAAUGCAUAUUGUAGUGCUUAUGACCAUUUUCCUUUUGUUCAGAUGUAAUAUAAUUAUGUCUUUUGGUUUGUAUAUUAUUAUUCAAAGUUUAUUAUUUGAACACUGACACAAUUGUCUCAUUGAUAUUGGAAUAUGAUACUUGUAUAUGGAGAAUGUAUAAAAUUCAACAGUGUUCUAAAUUCACAGCAUUUGUUUUUAUUUCAUAUAUGUUUUACAUAUGAUAUUGUUUUUUGUUAUUGAAAGUAUAUUGUGACAAAUUGAACCGUCCAGAUUUAUUUAAGCUUUAUUUUUCAAAUGAUAUAUAUAUAUAUAUAGUAUUUAAUUUAUUACAGAGUUUAUUUAUUU